UACACAAUGUUGCGGAUAAGAAGUCAUCUUUUUUAUAAUUAACUAGCCAAGCACAAUGAAACAUAACUUCAAAAUUUGGGCCUCGGAUCAAAAUUGGCUCGUCUUUAUAUACAUUUGCUAAAUGACAUAAAAAUUGUUAUUUUUAUCAUUCUGCUCUGUUUGUUGGGUGUCUUCCUUCUUCGGGAACUGCAAAUGGCUACAAGAGCAGUGAGAUAUGUUGUAAUAGAUGCUUUCACAGACACAGCAUUUAAAGGUAAUCCUGCAGCCAUAUGUUUCUUGGAGGAUGGACAUCAAGUGGAUAAUGAGUGGAUGCAGUCUGUUGCCAAGGAGUUCAACAUCUCUGUGACUGCUUUCUUGACUCGUGCUGUCUCUGGUGACAACCCGCGGUUUAAUCUUCGGUGGUUCACUCCGGUCGCUGAGCUUAAUCUUUGUGGUAAUGCAACUUUGGCUGCAGCACAUUUUCUUUUAUCAUAUGGCUUGGUAAAAUGUGAUGUCAUUGAGUUUGCCACAAAAUCUGGAAUCUUGACUGCUACAAAAGUCUAUGGAAUCAAACAGUCAACUUUAUUUAAUGUUAAGGACAAAAACUAUUUCAAAUACAGUGGAGAAAAAGAAAGUUUUUCAAUUGAGUUGAACUUUCCUGUGUGCAAGGUUAUCAAAUGCAAUCCCGGUGAGAUCCCAUCUAUUCCUGAAACUUUGAAUGGUGCAUCUGUGAUCAAUGUUACGAAGAGAAGCUUGUCUGAUGACCUCAUUGUGGAGGUUGCUUCAGGACUUGAUGUUGUUAACUUAAAACCAACAUUUGAUGAGAUACGAAAUUGUGCUGGAACAGGGGUUAUUGUAACAGGCCCUGCACCUCCUGGAUCUGGAUAUGACAUCUUCUCUCGCUUUUUUUGUCCCAAGUUGGGUGUUGAUGAGGUAACCCCUUCUAGUUAAGUGUUUUCUUAUCUUCUCUCCUUAAUCUAAGUUUGGUAUCUUAGAAGAAGCUUAAAAUUAUUAUAUGGAUCUGCAUUUAGAAAUUAUUCCAAGUU